UUUAAGAGUAUAUCCGAAACCUUCAAUGACUACAGAUCAACGUAAUCUGGCGGGUUGUUAAGUUUUGUUGUAAAGCUUAAAUUAAAAAAAACAUUUCGCAAUAAAAACCUAACAAAUUAUAGUAAUAAACCAUUUAAAAAAGUAAUCUAUUAAUUUAAAGGAUUUCCUCUGUUGUAAAACAUAACGUCCAACAUGGGCUCCAAUGACAACUCCUCAAAUUUUGAAAUUCUAGAAUAUUUCAAGCGUUCAAAUGCCUUAGAUGACGACGAUUACUUUAUGGCCGUAGCUGUUUUAUACUCAAAACAAUGUAAAGACUCCAAUAACCAAAAGGGAGCCAUCAUAGUCGAUGAGGAUGAUUGCAUAGUUGGUGUUGGUUAUAAUUACAUCUAUAAAUGUGAAGAUGAAGAGCAAAAUUUUAAGGUUCAUGCCGUGGCAAAUGCUAUUCUCAAUAAAUAUUGCGAUAAUCUCAAAAAAACCCGCAUCUAUACAACGCACUUUCCCUGCGAUCAAUGCGUUAAACUUUUAGUAAAAUCGGACAUUACGAAAAUCUAUUAUUUGUCAUUUAUAAAUAAAACAUCAGACAGUUAUCGUGCGGCUGAUUUGAUGUUUUCUGCAAAGAACAUUGAGUGUAAUUGCUAUACACCUAAAGAAAAAAAGAUUAAUAUAUCUAGAAUAUAAUUGAGCAAGUAAAAUUUCCCGGUGCAAAUCUGCCUUAAGGGAGCCGGAUAUAAAUACUUUACUUCAUUACAUCCAUAAGAUUUUAUUUUAAACAAUUGGUUUUAUACAUACAUAUAUUGUUCUAAAUAAAAUUUAUAAUAAAGAUAAUUAUGCACAAAAUUAAA